CCCACCACCAUAAUAAUACAAAUAAAAAAGACCAUACUUUUGUCUUGCACAGCAGAACGAGUGAAGGUGAAGAGAGUUGAAUUAAGCCAAAUCUCAUCACAUCAGUUAACCUUACCAAGAACCAACCCAGUUCAUAGCAACCAAUUCCCUUGCCUUUGUCUUUCUACUCUGAUCAUCUUUUGUUCUUGAGAUCAUGGCUGCAGCACUGGUCGGUGGUGCCUUUCUCUCUGCUUUCCUUGAUGUGCUUUUCGACAGGCUGGCUUCACCUGACUUUGUUGACCUGAUCCGUGGAAAGAAGCUUAGCAAGAAGUUGCUUCAAAAGUUGGAGACCACUCUCAGAGUGGUUGGAGCUGUGCUUGAUGAUGCCGAGAAGAAACAGAUCACAAACACCAAUGUCAAACACUGGCUCGAUGAUCUCAAAGAUGCUGUCUAUGAAGCCGAUGACUUACUCGACCAUGUUUUCACCAAAGCUGCCACCCAAAACAAGGUAAGAGACUUGUUUUCUCGCUUUUCCGAUAGGAAGAUCGUUAGUAAGUUGGAGGACAUAGUUGUCACCCUAGAGUCUCGUUUAAAACUCAAGGAGAGUCUUGAUUUGAAAGAGAGUGCAGUGGAGAACUUGUCAUGGAAAGCUCCAUCAACAUCUCUGGAAGAUGGAUCUCAUAUAUAUGGUAGGGAGAAAGAUAAGGAGGCCAUAAUCAAGUUGUUGUCGGAGGAUAACAGUGACGGUAGUGAAGUGUCUGUGGUUCCUAUUGUGGGCAUGGGUGGGGUUGGAAAAACUACUUUGGCCCAAUUGGUGUACAACGAUGAGAAUUUGAAACAGAUAUUUGAUUUUGAUUUUAAGGCAUGGGUUUGUGUUUCUCAAGAAUUUGAUGUUCUGAAGGUCACAAAAACUAUAAUCGAGGCGGUGACUGGAAAGCCUUGUAAAUUGAAUGAUCUGAAUCUACUUCAUCUUGAAUUGAUGGACAAGCUGAAAGAUAAAAAAUUCUUAAUUGUCUUGGAUGAUGUUUGGACAGAGGAUUAUGUUGAUUGGCGUCUUCUUAAGAAACCAUUUAACCGUGGGAUUAUUAGGAGAAGUAAAAUUCUUCUAACAACCCGCAGUGAAAAAACAGCAUCUGUAGUCCAAACUGUUCACACCUAUCAUCUAAACCAAUUGUCGAAUGAAGAUUGUUGGUCAGUGUUUGCGAACCAUGCGUGUCUUUACUCCGAAUCGAACGAGAACACAACAACACUAGAAAAAAUUGGAAAGGAGAUUAUUAAAAAGUGCAACGGACUGCCUUUAGCAGCAGAGUCGCUUGGAGGCAUGUUGAGAAGAAAGCAUGACAUUGGGGAUUGGAAUAAUAUUCUGAAUAGUGACAUUUGGGAACUUUCUGAAAGUGAGUGUAAAGUUAUUCCAGCACUGAGACUUAGUUAUCAUUAUCUCCCUGCACAUUUAAAACGGUGCUUUGUUUAUUGUUCCUUGUAUCCACAAGAUUACGAAUUUGAAAAAAAUGAAUUAAUCUUGUUGUGGAUGGCCGAAGAUCUUUUGAAGAAACCAAGAAAUGGUAGGAUUUUAGAAGAGGUGGGUCAUGAGUAUUUUGAUGAUUUGGUUUCGAGAUCAUUUUUCCAACGUUCAAGUACAAAUAGAAGUAGUUGGCCUUAUGGCAAAUGUUUUGUGAUGCAUGACCUCAUGCAUGAUCUAGCCACAUCACUCGGUGGAGAUUUUUAUUUUAGAUCAGAAGAACUUGGGAAAGAAACAAAGAUCAAUACUAAAACUCGUCAUUUGUCAUUUGCCAAAUUCAAUUCUUCAGUCUUGGACAACUUUGAUGUUGUUGGUAGAACAAAAUUUCUGAGAACUUUCUUGUCCAUUAUCAAUUUUGAAGCUGCUCCAUUCAACAAUGAGGAGGCACAAUGUAUCAUAGUGUCAAAGCUUAUGUACUUGAGAGUUUUAUCAUUUCGUGACUUCCGAAGUUUGGAUUCUUUGCCUGAUUCAAUAGGUAAAUUGAUCCAUCUGCGCUAUUUAGAUCUCUCUCAUUCAAGUGUAGAAACACUGCCAAAGUCAUUGUGUAAUUUAUACAAUCUGCAAACUUUGAAGUUGUAUAAUUGCAGAAAACUGACCAAGUUGCCUAGUGACAUGUGCAAUCUUGUUAACUUGCGUCAUCUUGAUAUUUCUUUUACUCCUAUAAAAGAGAUGCCGAGAGGAAUGAGUAAAUUAAAUCAUUUACAACGUCUGGAUAAAAAACACAUUAAUAGUUUACAGUUGGAAUGGUCUGGAUGUAACAACAACAGUAACAACUUCCAACUUGAAAUAGAUGUGCUUUGCAAGUUACAGCCUCACUUUAACAUUGAAUCGUUGGUAAUAGAAGGCUAUAAAGGAACCAGAUUUCCAGAUUGGAUGGGAAAUUCUUCCUACUGCAAUAUGACAGGUCUAUACUUGAGUGAUUGUGACAACUGUAGUAUGCUUCCUUCACUUGGACAACUACCUUCUCUCAAGGACCUUGAAAUUGCACGAUUGAAUAGGCUGAAGACUAUUGAUGCAGGUUUUUACAAGAACGAAGAUUGUCGUUCUGGGACGCCCUUUCCCUCCCUUGAAUCUCAAGGACCUUCACGUUGCCUUCGAUUCAGAAGCUUUUCCUGUGCUUAAAAGUCUUAAAAUACGUGACUGCCCCAAACUAGAGGGAAGUUUGCCGAAUCACCUUCCUGCUCUGACAACACUUGUGAUUAGAAAUUGCGAGCAGCUUGUCUCUUCUCUCCCAACGGCUCCCGCCAUUCAAA